CCUUGUGCUCCCAUGCGGAGAGGACCCCCAGGGGAGCUGAUGCACAGCUGAGACCGAAAAAAACAAGGGUCUGACGUCUAAAUCGCAUCAUGGCGGAGGAGAGCCCAGAGACAGAUGGCCCCAGAUCCUCCAUGCCGGCUGAGCUCCACCAUCCCCACUCUAAGUACUCUCAGUGGAAAUUUAAACUGUUUAGGGUGAAGUCCAUGGAGAAGGCCCCUCUGCCCAGUGAGACACAGCCUGAGGAUGGAGCCUUGUUAGGGAUCUCACCUCCUGCAGCUCCAAAUAUAGACUUAGAUAAUGGUGCGGGUCCAGGGAGUGUUAUGAAAUUGUGCCUAGGGGGAAAAACCAAGGAAAAUGUGGAGGGCCUUGGCCACAGGAUAGAUAUGAAGCUACAGGAAAUGGAGACCCACAUGAACCACCUCAGGGGCUUGUGUCGUCUCUGUGGAAAGGUCCUGAGAAAAGUCAAAGGACCUGUGCACGAUGUUCAAGGGGAUCUGGAUGAGGUCACCAAAAGCGCCCUGCGUAAAAUGAACUGCAAGUUCCUCAGCUGGCCAGAGAUCAUCCUCAAAGUCUUCAAAGUGGAUGUGACAGAAGACAUAGAAUCCGUCCACCCUCUGUCCUUCUGCCAUCGCUGCUGGGUGAUUGCCAUACGAGGAGGAGGCGUCUGCAGCUUCUCCAAAACAAGUGUCCCUGAGUGGAAUCCCCACUCUUCCCCCUGCCACCUUUGCUCCCCCAAAAAACCUUCAUUCAAGCGGACUGGGAGGAAGAGGAGGUUAGCCAUUCCCAGAGCCCAGAGUUUGGGAAAAAGAAGCAGGAGAGACCACGGCGACAGCACUGCGGGUGGUGAGAGGAGGGCUCUGAGACAAUUCGCCGACUAUUAUCAUGGUCCUGUGCUCAGGGGGUGGAGAAAACCUACCAUCCAGAGAGAGCAAUGGGUGAGGAACAUCACCCACUGCCAGAAAGACCACCUGAAUACCAAGCUGAUCUCUGAGAAGCUCCCUGUUGACUUCCUCUUUUCUUUCACCUGCCUGGUGUGUGACCACCUGCUCUCUGAUCCAGUCCAGUCCCCCUGUGGGCACCUCUUCUGCCGCAGCUGCAUUAUAAAAUACAUCCACGUCCUGGGACCUCACUGCCCGGCCUGCAACUUGUCCUGCACCCCUGAUGAUCUCAGUCUGCCUGCCAAAGCCUUCUUAUCAGCCCUACAUUCCCUGCCUCUGCUCUGCCCCAAGAGCGGCUGUGGCAAGCAGGUAAGGCUAGACUCAUUUAAAACUCAUUGUCUGGGCCAUGAGCUGGGUGAGCAGGACACAAAGCAGCAGUCAUCAGACCUUGACAACUACCUGCUAGCCAAUAAAGGGGGAAGACCCCGUCAGCACCUGCUAUCGCUAACCCGCCGUGCCCAGAAGCAUCGGCUCAGGGAUAUGAAGAACCAGCUGAAGGCGUUUGCAGACAGAGAGGAAGGUGGCGACCUCAAGUCUGUGUGUCAGACUCUGUUUCUGCUCUCGCUGAGGUCUGCGAAUGAGCACCGGCAGGCGGACGAGCUGGAGGCCUUGAUGCAAGGCAGAGGCUUUGGGUUGCAUCCUGCUGUGUGCUUGGCCAUUCGGGUCAACACUUUCCUGAGCUGCAGCCAGUAUCACAAGAUGUACCGGACUGUCAAAGCCACCAGCGGCCGCCAGAUCUUUCAGCCCCUGCACACCCUGCGAGCCGCAGAGAAGGAGCUUCUCCCUGGCUUUCACCAGUUUGAAUGGCAGCCGGCUCUCAAAAAUGUGUCCACAUUGUGCAAUGUUGGCAUUAUUAAUGGGCUCUCUGGAUGGGCUUCCUCGGUGGAUGACAUCCCAGCUGACACCAUCACUCGACGGUUUCGCUAUGAUGUGGCACUGGUGUCAGCAUUAAAGGAUCUGGAGGAGGACAUCAUGGACGGGCUGAGAGAGUGUGGGAUGGAAGACAGUACUUGCACCUCAGGCUUCAGUGUCAUGAUCAAGGAAUCCUGUGAUGGCAUGGGCGAUGUCAGCGAGAAGCACGGUGGAGGACCAGUUGUUCCUGAGAAGGCUGUGCGUUUCUCUUUCACUGUUAUGUCUGUCUCUGUCCUGGCAGACGAGCAGGAGAAAGAGGUUACCAUCUUCACUGAGUCAAAGCCAAACUCAGAGAUGUCCUGUAAGCCCCUUUGCCUGAUGUUUGUGGAUGAGUCAGACCACGAGACACUAACAGCCGUCCUGGGGCCUAUAGUUGCAGAGCGUAAUGCAAUGAAAGAGAGCAGGCUCAUCCUGUCUGUGGGCGGACUCCCUCGCGCCUUCCGCUUUCACUUCAGAGGCACGGGAUAUGAUGAGAAGAUGGUGCGCGAGAUGGAGGGCCUCGAGGCCUCAGGGUCCACCUAUGUCUGCACUCUUUGUGACUCCACUCGGGCAGAGGCCUCCCAAAACAUGGUGCUCCACUCCAUCACUCGCAGUCAUGACGAGAACCUAGACCGUUAUGAAAUAUGGAGAACCAAUCCUUUUUCUGAGUCUGCAGAUGAGCUGCGAGACAGAGUCAAAGGAGUCUCUGCCAAGCCCUUCAUGGAGACCCAGCCCACGCUGGAUGCAUUACACUGCGACAUCGGCAAUGCGGCAGAGUUCUACAAAAUCUUCCAGGACGAGAUAGGGGAGGUGUACCAAAAGGUCAACCCCAGCCGGGAGGAGCGGCGCAGCUGGAGGGCAGCCCUAGAUAAACAGCUGAGGAAGAAGCUGAAGCUCAAACCGGUGAUGAGGAUGAAUGGGAACUACGCCCGCAGGCUAAUGACCCAGGAGGCUGUGGAGGUGGUGUGUGAGCUGGUGCCCUCGGAGGAGAGGAGGGAGGCCCUGAGGGAGCUCAUGAGGAUCUACCUCCAGAUGAAACCCGUGUGGCGCGCCACCUGCCCUGCCAAGGAGUGCCCCGACCAGCUGUGCCGCUACAGUUUUAACUCCCAGCGCUUCGCCGACCUUCUCUCCUCUACCUUCAAAUACAGGUACAACGGUAAAAUAACCAAUUACCUGCACAAGACCCUGGCCCAUGUGCCUGAGAUCAUAGAGAGAGAAGGAUCCAUAGGAGCCUGGGCCAGCGAGGGGAACGAGUCGGCGAACAAACUGUUCAGGCGCUUCCGGAAGAUGAACGCACGUCAGUCAAAGGCAUUUGAGCUUGAGGACGUGUUGAAACACCACUGGCUCUACACCUCAAAGUGCUUGCAGAAGUUUAUGGAAGCUCACAAGGACUCUGCCAAAGCUCUGCAAGCUACUAUUGACCCAAUAGAGAGCCAGGAUUAUGAGGACAUGUCUCUGGAAGAUAAUGACUUUUGAUUUUUCUCAAGAUAGUUGUGUGUAAUAUUUGAAUUGCCUCCAUCAGUGAUAUGGACUUGUUUA